CCAUUGAAUGCUUUUUUAUUAGGUAUAUGUCUAGUUCUUCUCUACAAAAUAUUCAAAGCUAAACGACAACACAGUCAAUCCACUCAAAAUGAAUUACCACCUAUGAAAAAAAGAGAUUUCACACUUGAGCAACUGCGAGAAGAAAACAACAAAAACGGAAGAAUUUUAGUUGCCGUAAAUGGCAAAGUUUUCGAUGUUACAAAAAACCACAAACAGUAUGGACCAGAUGGACCAUAUGGAGUAUUUGCAGGUAGGGAUGCUUCACGAAGUCUUGGUACAUUUUCGUUGACUGGCGAUGCCAUAAGAGACACAUAUGAUGAUCUAAGUGAUUUAACUUCUAAACAAAUGGAGCAAAUAAAAGAAUGGGAAAUGCAGUUCACAGAGAGCUAUCAGUUACUUGGUAGACUUUUGAAGCCUGGUGAAGAGCCUGGUGAAUACACAGACACAGAGGAA